AUGAAGAACAUCAUCCUCCUCACCGUCUCCCUUCUCGCGGCCUCCACCGCCGCACUACCUACUCCUCCCUCUUCCACCUCCAACUCUCUUUCUGCCAGCGACCCCGACUGCGGCCGAAGCGGCUACAACUGCGGAGACCCAGAGCCUUCUGACACUGCUGUCUUCAUCACCGGCAGCGGCCGGAGCGGAUACAACAAGGCCCGAGACCAACAGGCCGAUAUCGACAGUGGUCGGAGCGGCUAUAACAAGCGCACUCCUUCAGGACGGAGCGGAUACAAUGACAUCGGCGAAGAGGAUGGCACCCACAAGGCCCGCCGCGAUCAACAGGCCGAUCCCGACAGUGGCCGGAGCGGAUACAACAAACGUAUUCCUUCAGGCCGGAGUGGCUACAACGGCGAAGAGAACGGCACCGUUUCCGUCACCAGCGGAAGAAGCGGGUACAACAAGCGCACUCCCAGUGGACGCAGCGGAUACAACGAUGUCGGCGAAGAUGAUGGCGCUGUUUCUGCCACCAGCGGACGUAGCGGCUACAACAAGACCCGUGACCAACAGGCUGAUGCCGACAGUGGUCGCAGUGGCUACAACAAGCGCACUCCAGGCUCUGGAAGGAGCGGGUAUAACGAGGUGGAGGAUGGUGUUGAGGGCAACUAA